AUGGAGAGCGACAUAGCCACAUACAGCCCACUACCGAAAUGGUUUUUGCCUGUCUCUUAUCUUGAUACAGCAUGGUUGGGAGGAACAUUGACUUCAACAAAGAGUGUAAUAACAUGGAGGAACACAGAAACAGCCCACAGAGGCACAGUGCUGCUGGAGGAACACAGAAACAACCCACAGAGGCACAGUGCUGCUGGAGGAACACAGAAACAACCCACAGAGGCACAGUGCUGCUGGAGGAACACAGAAACAGCCCACAGAGGCACAGUGCUGCUGGAGGAACACAGAAACAGUCCACAGAGGCACAGUGCUGCUGGAGGAACACAGAAACAGUCCACAGAGGCACAGUGCUGCUGGAGGAACACAGAAACAGUCCACAGAGGCACAGUGCUGCUGGAGGAGCACAGAAACAGUCCACAGAGGCACAGUGCUGCUGGAGGAGCACAGAAACAGCCCACAGAGGCACAGUGCUGCUGGAGGAGCACAGAAACAACCCACAGAGGCACAGUGCUGCUGGAGGAACACAGAAACAACCCACAGAGGCACAGUGCUGCUGGAGGAACACAGAAACAGUCCACAGAGGCACAGUGCUGCUGGAGGAGCACAGAAACAGUCCACAGAGGCACAGUGCUGCUGGAGGAACACAGAAACAACCCACAGAGGCACAGUGCUGCUGGAGGAGCACAGAAACAACCCACAGAGGCACAGUGCUGCUGGAGGAACACAAAAACAGCCCACCGAUGCACAGUGCUGCUGGAGGAACACAGAAACAACCCACAGAGGCACGGUGCUGCUGGAGGAUCACAGAAACAACCCACAGAGGCACAGUGCUGCUGGAGGAACACAGAAACAACCCACAGAGGCACAGUGCUGCUGGAGGAACACAGAAACAACCCACAGAGGCACAGUGCUGCUGGAGGAACACAGAAACAACCCACAGAGGCACGGUGCUGCUGGAGGAACACAGAAACAACCCACAGAGGCACAGUGCUGCUGGAGGAACACAGAAACAACCCACAGAGGCACAGUGCUGCUGGAGGAACACAGAAACAACCCACAGAGGCACAGUGCUGCUGGAGGAACACAGAAACAACACACAGAGGCACAGUGCUGCUGGAGGAACACAGAAACAACCCACAGAGGCACGGUGCUGCUGGAGGAACACAGAAACAACCCACAGAGGCACAGUGCUGCUGGAGGAACACAGAAACAACCCACAGAGGCACAGUGCUGCUGGAGGAACACAGAAACAACCCACAGAGGCACAGUGCUGCUGGAGGAACACAGAAACAACCCACAGAGGCACAGUGCUGCUGGAGGAACACAGAAACAACCCACAGAGGCACAGUGCUGCUGGAGGAACACAGAAACAACCCACAGAGGCACGGUGCUGCUGGAGGAACACAGAAACAACCCACAGAGGCACAGUGCUGCUGGAGGAACACAGAAACAACCCACAGAGGCACAGUGCUGCUGGAGGAACACAUAAACAACCCACAGAGGCACAGUGCUGCUGGAGGAACACAGAAACAGUCCACAGAGGCACAGUGCUGCUGGAGGAACACAGAAACAACCCACAGAGGCACGGUGCUGCUGGAGGAACACAGAAACAACCCACAGAGGCACAGUGCUGCUGGAGGAACACAGAAACAACCCACAGAGGCACAGUGCUGCUGGAGGAACACAGAAACAACCCACAGAGGCACAGUGCUGCUGGAGGAACACAGAAACAACCCACAGAGGCACAGUGCUGCUGGAGGAACACAGAAACAACCCACAGAGGCACGGUGCUGCUGGAGGAACACAGAAACAACCCACAGAGGCACAGUGCUGCUGGAGGAACACAGAAACAACCCACAGAGGCACAGUGCUGCUGGAUAUUCCUGUUGAUCCUAGCUGACAAAAUUAAACACAAUUACAUUUUUGUGUUUGUGUAUAUAUGGAUGCAUGGAUGUUUUAUAGCAAAAACCCUCCCACUUUGUUCCAUUCAAACAGUAAUAACAGUUUCAAUAGAGGUCAUCAAAAACAU